AGUCGGUUGACGGGCGGCCAUUUUGCUGCUCAGCAUGUAGCGUCUCCAAUGGGCAGCCCGAAGCAGCUGCGGGGAAGCGCUCUGACUGGCCGGAUCCCAGCGGGAGGAAUCGGAUGGCAGCAGACAGGAAAAGGAAAAGUGAAGGUUUGGGAGAUGAAACCGAGGAGGAGGAGGGAGGAAACAGACGAAGGAGGAUCAGGAUAAACAACAAAUACAUCGGAGCUCAUGUUGGUAUUCAAGGAGGGAUCUGGAAGGCGGUGGAGUCCAGCGCGGCGCUGGGCGCCGGCGCCUUCGCUCUGUUUCUGGGCUCUCAGCGCUCGUGGAAGAGGCCGGCGCUGGACCCGGCCGCUGCAGAUCGGUUCCAGGAGAAAUGCUCCGCGCUCGGCUUCGACCCGGAUCACAUCCUGCCUCACGGCUCCUACCUGAUGAACUGCGGAUCGCCCAAAGACGACGUGUCUGAGAAGAGCCGCGCCCUGCUGGUGGACGAGCUGAGCCGCUGCAGCCGCCUCGGCCUCCGCCUCUACAACUUCCACCCCGGAUCCUCGCUGGGCGCCAUCAGCACCCAGCAGUGCCUGGACAAGAUCGCCGCAGCCAUCAACCACGCUCACCAGCAAACUCCUGCUGUGGUCACAGUGUUGGAGAACAUGAGCGGUCAGGGCAGCACAGUGGGGGGUCGGUUCUGUGAGCUGCGGCGGAUCAUUGACCGGGUCAGGGACCGGAGCAGAGUGGGGGUGUGUCUGGACACCUGCCACGCCUUCGCUGCAGGUCACGACCUGGCAGCAGACGGCGGCGUGGCGGCCAUGUUGGAUCAAUUUGAUCAGGAGGUCGGGCUUCGCUACCUGAGAGCGGUUCACCUGAACGACUCCAAAGGGAAGCUGGGCUGCAACCUGGACCGGCAUGAAGACAUCGGGAGAGGAAACAUCGGGCUCUCGGCGUUCCGGGACGCCGUCAACGAGCCGCGGCUGGACGGCAUCCCGCUGAUCCUGGAGACGCCCGGACGGCCGGGAUUCCAAGACGGCGAGCAAAUCGAGCUUCUAUACUCACUGUGUGAGAAAAAUAAAGAAUGAGAGAAAACAGAAACAAUGAGGGCCACAGCAAGAACAUAAAACAAUCAAAUUAAAGGAUAAAGACACAUUAUGAAAAUAAAGUCAAAAAAAAUUAUGAGGCUAAAGUAAUACAAUUCAUAAAUUCAUAUUACGAGACUAAAGAAGAAUAAAAUCAUAUUAUUUUACGAGAAUAGUCAAAGUUGAGAAUAAAUUCAAUAUAAAAUAUUCAGUAUUAUGAGAAGUUAGUGGCACUAAAGUCAUAAAAUUAAGACAAUAGUCAAAAUGAUGCAAUCAUAAAGUUGCAGUAUUGCGAUAAUAGUCAUAUUACUUCAUUCUCAAAAUAUAAUUAUUGAAAUAUAACUUUUAUUCUUCUCUUAAUAUUCUGACUUUGUCCUCAGUUUUAUUUCUUCGUCUGGCCGUAACUCUCCAUCACCAUCCAACCUGUUUUAAACAAAUGUUCCCAUUUUUCUGCCUUAAAUAAACAAUUUAAAUAAAUCUGGUCCUGCAGGGAUUUGUUGGGCCACUAGGGGGCAGCAGACUUUCAGAAAUACUCCACAAACUUUAUUCCUACGAGAAAGAAAACCAGCAAAUAAAGACAAGUUUUCUGACCAAAACUUUUAUAUAAUCCUUUACAAUGAGUCGUUUGUGAAGGUAAAAUCUAUAUUUUAAUUUCUAUUUUCCAAACUGUAUGGUUUCAUCUGCUGAGCAGGUCCAGUUGCUGGUACUGGACCGGUUGGUUCUGGUUUCAUCCAUCAACUUUUUAUAAAUGUUUUAAUCACAUGAUUAAAAAAUUCUCAAUUUCCA